AUGGAAACCGAAGUAAACAACCAACUGGCCUUCCUCGAUGUGCUUGUCAAGAGAAAUGGCGACCAUCUGGAUCACACAGUGUAUCGAAAACCCACUCAUACAGACCGGUACUUGCACAAACUGUCAAAUCACCAUCCAAGCCAAAAACAGGGGAUUAUCGAAACAUUAGCAAAUAGGGCAAGACGCAUUUGUGCUAAGGAACACAUCCAAGAAGAACUAAGCCAUUUAAAUAAAGCCUUUCUUGCCAAUGGCUAUAAUGACAGAGAAAUAAAUGCGGCGCUGGCACCUAGGCAGAGGAGACCUGAUGUUAAUUAA